GUAGGAAGGACAGCAGAGCUGACAGUCACAGCAGCCCUGACAAGAGAGUUCCUGGAGCCCAAGUUCUUCUCCACAGAGGACAAGCAGGCAGCAGAGACCAUGGGGUCCCUUUCAGCCUGUCCACACAGAGUGUGCAUCCCCUGGAAGGGGCUCCUGCUCACAGCCUCACUUUUAACCUUCUGGAACCUGCCAACCAGUGCCCAGACCACUAUUGAAGUCAUGCCAUUCAAUGUUGCAGAAGGGAAGGAGGUCCUUCUACUAGUCCAUAAUGAGUCCCAGAAUCUUUAUGGCUACAACUGGUACAAAGGGGAAAGGGUGCACGCCAACUAUCGAAUUAUAGGAUGUGUAAUAAACGAUCAAGAAAAUGCCCCAGGGCCCGCACACAAUGGUCGAGAGACAAUAUACCCCAAUGGAUCCCUGCUGAUCCAGAACGUCACCCACAAUGACGCAGGAAUCUAUACCCUGCACGUUAUAAACAAAGAUCUUGUGAAUGAAGAAGUAACCAGCCAAUUCUACGUAUUCUCGGUGCCACCCAAGCCCUCCAUCACCAGCAACAACUUCAAUCCGGUGGAGAACAAGGAUAUUGUGGCUUUAACCUGUCAACCUGAGACUCAGAACACAACCUACCUGUGGUGGGUAAACAAUCAGAGCCCCCUGGUCAGUCCCAGGCUGCUGCUUUCCACUGACAACAGGACCAUCGUUCUACUCAGUGUCACAAAGAAUGACAGAGGAUCCUAUGAAUGUGAAAUACAGAACCCAGUGGGUGCCAGCCGCAGUGACCCAGUCAUCCUGAAUGUCCGCUCUGAGUCAGUACAAGCAAGUUCUCCUGACCUCUCAGCUGGGACCGCUAUCAGCCUCAUAAUUGGAGUACUGGCUGGGAUGGCUCUGAUAUAGCAGCCCUGGUGUAGUUUCUGCAUUUCAGGAAGAGUGUUUUUAUUAUCCACCUGUAGACUGGACUGGACCCUGAAUUCUUCUAGCUCCUUCAAUCCCAUUUUCUUCUGUGGAAUCACUAAGUAUAAGACCUGCUCUCUUCUUGAAGACCUAUAAACUGGAGGUGGACAACUCGAUGUAAAUUUCAAGGAAAAACCCCCAUGCCUGAGAUGUGGGCCACUCAGAGCUCACCAAAAUGUUCAGCACCAUAACUAGAGACACUCAAAUUGCCAAACAGGACAAGAAGUUGAUGACUUCAUGCUGUGGACAGUUUUUCCCAAGAUGUCAGAACAAAACUUCUCAUUGUGAUGAGGCUCUUAUCCCACUCCAUUUUUCCUUGCUCAUGCCUGCCUCUUUAAUUUGGUAAGAUAAUGCUGUAACUAGAAUUUCACAAUCAGCGCCUUGUGCAGGUAAUUUGAGAGAGUGUUGGAUGUGUCAUGUCAUCAUG